GUUUAAUUUCAAUUUUAUUUUUUCUGACCAGUUAUUAUAAUGUCUAUGGAUCUUCAUCCCACACCAUUUCCAGGUAAAUUUCAAUCUGUAAAAUCAAGAUUCAACAAAAACAUCUCAAAAGCACCAAAAUUACAAUCCAAAGAACCAUCUAUUCUCAGGCAAAACAGAGUUUUUGGCACAGUUAGAAGCACGAAUGUUCCACCAAAAACAGUUUCUGGAAAGCCAUUGGCAAAAUCUUCAUCUGGGGUUUCCCAAAAAACACUCAAAUCACCAAAAAAGACUCAGUCUUUAACUGAUUCUGCAGUAAAUCCAGCAACGGAAAACGCCAAGAAAGCCAAUGUAGAAGAAAACAGAGCAAAACCAAGAAAGAAAAGUGUCUGUUUUCAAGAAAACAGAGAUGUUGCUGCUGCUGCUGAGCCUAUAACUCCGGUGAAAUCGCCUGUUUUGGCGAAGCCUCGACUUUCUGGAAGCACUACUCCUUUUCACAGUGCUGAGAAAUGCAGCAAAUGCAGAUUUGAUAGAUUGGAGACGUCGAGUUAUUGGCUUUCUCAGAUCAAAUUGGCUGAAAAUGUUGGAAAACACUCUGUUUCUGCUGCUUUUUUUCGUCUGGCUCUUGAUUCCAAAGCUGAGCCUUUUCGAAACAUUCUGCUGGAAUUGAAAAGGUAUUUGCGACGACACAAGCAUUUAUCUGAGAGCAAAGAAUGGAAUGAAGUUUGUUUUAGCUAUGGUUUAUUGAAGGAUGAGGGCAAUUCUGAGGACAAAAUUGGAAAUAGUAGCAAGAACAAAGGGAUUGAAUUGGAAUGCACCAUUGUUGAAAAAAAAGAAGAAGAAUCAAAGGGGUUGAAUAGGGAAGUGGUUGAAGAAUAUGGCAUUAUUCAAGAAGGAAAUGAACUUCCAUUUUCAUUAUUGUGUUGA